CUUGCUCAAGUUCAAACAUGAUGUCAACGUGUUGGAGACGGCCCAUAACUCAAUUCGAGAACACAGCCCCACAUGAAUCAAGCAAUGCUAGUGUCGAUCGUCAACUUUGCGCAUUCCGGUUCUGCGUCGUCUUGUACGUAUGACUCCAUGAGCACGACGUAGACUUUUCCAUACAAAGCCUACACUUCGCGCCGACACCGAACACCAGCAUUACAUGUAGAGACGACUCGAAGUCUGGUCAGAACCUCCCACUCUGUCUAAGAGGCACAUGCGCAACAACCCUCCAUCUGCCGUAUGGCGUCGGCCAUAGACCAAGGGAACGACUCCAGCGCAGGCUGGUCUGUCGCAGCUGCCAAUAUCCCCGAGCCCGAAGCGCCGAAUGUCGUGACAUCACCGCCAUACUGGUCGAGCCAGCCGAGACGUCUUCACGCGCGCCACGCCUCAAACAUAUCGACCGAGUCGCUGCCAACAGGUGCUAUAAGGUUGCGCGACAAUGAGAGUGCCGAUGACGACGAUAGGAACAAUGCGUGCUGGGCGCAAAGUGUCGAGAUUGUGGAUUUCACAGUGGUGAACGGUAGUGCGGGCAGUAUAGGCGCUUUCGUCGUGUACAUCAUCAAAGUACAGACGCUGGCCGGGAGCUACAUGCACAUUCGAAAGCGAUAUUCGGAGUUCCAUGAUUUCAGGGAGCGCCUAAUUCUCUCAUUUCCAACGUUUGAGGCCAUGAUCCCGCAACUGCCACCAAAGAGCGUCAUAUCCAAGUUUCGCCCAAAGUUCCUGGAGAAGCGGCGUGCGGGGCUUCAAUACUUUUUGCACUGUGUACUGUUAAAUCCUGAGUUCUCGGGUUCACCUGUUCUCAAAGAUUUUCUGUUUGCGUAACUAGAACGCGAUGUUUUGGACAACGCCAAAAUCCGCCUGGCGCGGUGAAAGGUUAUAUUCUAUGUAUACGAGUAGUAAGUUUUCAAAUACGAGUAAUGAUAGUACAAUGGCCGUGCCACCUUCGAUAUCCGGUGUCGGUAUAUGAGGCGCCGAGUCAUAACUUGGACGCAAAGGACUUACGUGGCAGGCAACACGCACUUAUGCAAGAUAAUGAUGACAGCUGCACCUUGCCAAAACCGACGAAUCAUCAAGCUCGUGGUCAUCUAACGCGUCAAUAUCUAUAUUGGUCCUGAAGCAUUCAAGGUUCCGAGAGAUAUAUACACUCGGCUCGCAACGAUACCGGAAAG